UUUUCACAGCGGCAGCAUAACUCACCACACCCUGAUCCUGCAGGAGGCAGCGCCAGCAGCUGCGCACAGAUUUUCCCAGAGACAAAUAAAGAGAAAGCGAGAGAGAGAGGCUCUUCUCUCGAGAUAAGCGUGCAGCGAGAGAGCGGAGAGAGAACGGAGAGAGCCAGAUUAGUGAUGCUUCUCACGUGGAGUCUGUGCCAUGCACAGAAAUUCCCAUCCGUUCAUCCAUCCAACACAGGACCCCUUGUCCUUCCCCCUUCCCCCUUCACUUUCCUCUUGCCUUUCCACCCACUGCCUCGCAGUAAAAAGUAGUAGGAAAAAACAUACACAAAAAAGUUAUGAAAGUUCGGUCCCAUUGUCUUUGGUGAUUUUUCAUAGCCCACUUUUGUGGGCCACGCUACUUGGCCCGGGGGAUAGAAAACAGCUCAAGUAAUUGCUUUAAAUUGACACAAUGUGUAAACAAAGCUGCGAAAAAUUCAAUUACCACACCAGCCUGACCUUGUUCCGGAUUGGUAAAAUUCCAUUUGGGAUUCCUCGGCAAUUACGGGCAAACUGCUAAUGCAACGCGUUUGAUAAACUCUCGCACACACACACACAUACACACUUGCAGGCCAAAGGAUGCCAAUAAAAAUGUAGGAUACUGUGUCACACACACACACUGAUUGUGUGUGAAUGUGUGACUGUGCUUGUGUUUCAGGGUGUGUAUGUGUGUGUACGUGUAAAUGACCGGAAACUGUGCUCAAGUGCUCCCUGGCAAGCGAUGAGGCUACUUUGGCCAGAAGUCUCCUUUCUUUUUAUUCGGAGGCUCCUUCUCGUGCUCCUUGCUACGAAGAAGCACUUCAAUUGUCAAAUUGCUCUUGCUUAUUGUUGCAAUAGUUCUGCUGAUGGACAGGUUUUCCCGUUUUCCCGCUUUUCCUGCUCGCCGCCGUGCUCGGUUCACUUGUUUUUAAAGCGAUUCCCGCAGACAUAGUCGUUUUUUAUGGGCGUCGUCCUGUCGUCUUUUGCAGUUCUUCUUGCUCAACCAAAGCCGGGCAAAACGAAACAAUCAACACGGAAGCAGAUUCCUCGUUGUUCUUCACUCCUGUCGUUGCUUUUUCUGUUUUCUUUUUUUUGUUUUUGCGCUGGGUAGUGCUGAGUUGUUUGUUGUUCUGAGCCGUUGUGUUGUUUUUUCUAUGCCGGGCUGUGUACAAAUCAGCGUGGCCUAGUGCGUUGCUUGAGCUGGGUGCUUUUGUGCCGUGAAAUGCGAGUUUUAUGGCGGAGUGCUUGAGCUUCAUCGGGUUGACAUUUAAGUUGUUUCUUUCCCGUCAUUCAGAGUGUACAUGUGCGACUGGCUUGGGAAAGUUCAAAAGUCAGCCAAGUUCUGGGAAUUCCUGUUCCCUGGCGAACUUUUACCACUCAACGUGCACGAGGCGUAUGAGCAAUGCGAAGCGCAUAUGCCACAUGCACGUCGCUCUGUCAAGCUGAAAGCCACAACUAUCGCCAAUCAAUUGAAUCAAACUCGGGGCCAAAUUGCAAUGAACGUGGCAGGCAGCAGUGGAAAAUUGAAAACUGAAAAUUGAAAAUUGCAUUUUCCCCCCGGCCCAAGCAAAUUGAAAGCUGUCAUCGAGCCUGAUUCACCGCCUUCUCAACAAGGAGGCAAGCCGAAGUCAAAAUUUCAUAAACAGGACAACUGAAAAUGUUGCGAUAGACACACACUGAUACACAGACACUUGACGUUGGGCUACACAAAGGCAAAAAGGCAAUUAUAGCAAUACAGACGAGAGCGGCAACAAAUAAUAAAAGCUAGUUGCCAUAGACAAUCACAACAACCACGGGGGAAAAUGGCAAGAUUGGAGGGGACGCUGGCAACGAUGUUGACGACAAGUAGCUGCAAAAGUUCUGCGACGUUUUGCGCAUAUUAAACAAAGUUGACGACAGCGACGCCGCCAGAGACGCCGGCAGUGGCCAGCAAACCGAGAACUCCGGACCGAGCUCUCCAGACUCCCGACUCCGGACGACAGUCUCCGGACUGAGAACUCAGAACUCAGACAGCGGCAGCCGCAGUCGCCGUCUCAUUAUUUAUUUGAUUGCCCGCACAGCCAAUGCUCGAAUUACCCCCUGGGAAAAAAAAACGGGAGGUGGAGCAAAAACCAUUGAGAGCCCAGAGCCACAGCCAGAGCAAAAAAAACAUAAUAGUCAGAAGCAUAAACGUAAUUAAUAAGGCAAAUUAAUGCAAACAAUAAUACAAAUUCAUUUUCGUGCACAAAUGAAACUAAAUUACAACAACGUGAGCCAAGCGAACUCAGCCCAAGCAUCCAACAAUGCGAGGCAAAAGCAUGGAAAUUGAAUGCUAAUUUGGGUUGAGUCGAAAACUUGAAUACCCUCCUGGGUAUUCUGGCUAUGUUCUUGGGGCAAAUUAAACAUGGUAAAGAUUUUGCUUUAAUUGAACCUUUUUGCGGCAUAGAUAGUUGAGGGAGAGAAAAUAAUUUAAAUUGUGUGCUGGAGGGUUUUUAAAUUCUUUAAUAAUUUGUACACAUGAUUGUCCUCAGCUUUGAUGCAUAAACGUAUCUGGCUAAAUAUUAUAAGCUCUAAUGCACUUGAGUCGUAUUAUUUAAUCUCCUGUAGCAAACAUGUUUGUUUUACGAAAUAUAAUUUGAUUCUCGAGACUUAAGGAAUACCUAGGGAUAUUUUCACUUACUGAAUGGUGUAAAUUAAGCUAAAGUAAUUUCUUAAUCUCUUUUAAUGGUUUUGUUGCUUUUAUUGAAUAGCGGUAAAAUCAACAACUUUUAGUCCGCUCUCCCAUAAAUUAGUUAAAUGAGUUGUUCUAUGCAGGAAACUUCCCUAUUGUUAGUGCCUUUUAGUUUUUAAGUGCUUUGAAGUUACAAGGUCUUAUUCGAAAUAAUGUAAAAAAAAAACGUGGAUGUCAUUAAAAAAAAAAUACCUUAAAAAUUAAGACAUUUUCUGAAAUUAAAGUUUGGGAUUAGUUAAGAUGUCCUGUUCAUACAUAUUUUAUUUUCGAGAGUUUCUUGCAUGCAGCUCGGCGCUUUGUCAAUUCAUUCGACUAAAACUUCUAUUAAUAAAUUAUAUUCUGAUCAUGGUAUUCCUGCUAAUUUCACCGCAACCUCGACGGGCAAGUUAUUAUACCCUUCGCAACUUGCAAGAACAACAAUAAAUGGCAACUAAUAAGCACAGGUCACAAAUGCCCACACCCUUAAACACUCACACACACAUAGACCAUCGACAACUAAACAGUUCGUUGAGCAGAAAAACGAGGAAAUCUACUUAAUCACGUUUAAUUAAGGUCGCACCGCCCACCACAGGAGGCUGCCACGCCCCCAUCCAGAAGGCAGGACGCACGGCACACCACACCCACAUCCCCCAACAUGGGCAGCGGACACUAUUUCUGGGCGAUCCUAUACUUUGCCAGCCUGUGCAGUGCAUCACUAGCAAAUAAUGCCAAAAUAAAUUUCCGAGAAAAGGAGAAAAAAGUCUUAGAUCAAAUUUUAGGUGCAGGCAAAUACGACGCCCGAAUACGACCAUCCGGAAUAAAUGGCACAGCAAAUAAGGCCACCACUGUGGAGGUGAACAUGUUCCUGCGCUCCAUUUCGAAAAUCGACGACUACAAAAUGGAGUACAGUGUCCAGUUAACCUUCCGUGAGCAGUGGACGGAUGAACGGCUGAAGUUCGACGAUAUCCAGGGACGCCUGAAAUAUCUGACCCUGACGGAGGCGAACCGCGUGUGGAUGCCCGAUCUUUUCUUCUCAAACGAGAAGGAGGGACACUUCCAUAACAUCAUCAUGCCCAAUGUGUAUAUUCGCAUCUUCCCCAACGGCUCAGUGCUAUAUAGUAUACGUAUCUCGCUGACGUUGGCCUGCCCAAUGAACUUAAAGCUAUAUCCGUUGGAUAGACAGAUCUGCUCACUACGGAUGGCGAGCUAUGGCUGGACCACCAACGACUUAGUCUUCCUGUGGAAGGAGGGCGAUCCUGUGCAGGUGGUAAAGAACUUACACCUACCUCGCUUCACACUGGAGAAGUUUCUGACUGAUUACUGCAACAGUAAAACCAACACUGGUGAAUACAGUUGCCUCAAAGUCGAUCUACUAUUCAAGCGAGAAUUCUCAUAUUACUUAAUACAAAUUUAUAUACCAUGCUGUAUGUUGGUCAUUGUAUCAUGGGUAUCAUUCUGGCUGGAUCAAGGAGCAGUGCCGGCGCGUGUGUCAUUGGGUGUGACCACCCUCCUGACCAUGGCCACCCAGACGUCGGGCAUAAACGCCUCCCUGCCGCCCGUUUCCUACACCAAGGCCAUCGACGUGUGGACUGGCGUGUGCCUGACGUUCGUGUUCGGGGCCCUGCUCGAGUUCGCCCUGGUGAACUAUGCAUCCCGUUCAGGUUCGAAUAAAGCUAAUCGGGCCGCAGACAUGCAUAAGGAAAAUAUGAAAAAGAAGCGCCGCGAUCUGGAGCAGGCCAGUUUAGAUGCCGCUUCAGAUCUGCUCGAUACAGAUAGCAAUGCAACGUUCGCAAUGGCGUCGCAAUUUACGCGCGGUGGUGGCCAACAGAAACCACUGGUUCGCCAUCCCGGCGAUCCGCUGGCCCUGGAAAAGAGGCUCCAGUGCGAGGUGCACAUGCAGGCCCCGAAGCGCCCCAACUGCUGCAAGACCUGGCUGUCCAAGUUCCCCACAAGACAAUGUUCUAGAUCCAAGAGAAUCGAUGUUAUAUCUCGGAUUACCUUCCCGCUGGUCUUCGCCCUGUUCAACCUGGUCUACUGGAGCACAUAUCUCUUCAGGGAGGAGGAGGAUGAGACCUUCUAAGGCGCGUCUCUGAAAUCCAGUGGCUAUGUAGAAUCUAACAUGAAAUUAACUAAUUAUACCGAUAACGAGAUAGAGAUCGAGAUCGAGGGAUACGUUACGAUAAUGCUAUACGCUGUAUGCUAUACUUAUGGUUAUGUCUCGGAUCAGUGCAGAGUAAUUAAGAUCGGUAUCCGGUAUCGGCAAGGCUUCAACGCACUUCCACUAAACGAACAAGUAAUGUUCGAUGAAAUGAAUGACAAAAUUAUAGUUAAUUGUAAGUUGAAUUGAUCAAGAGUGACUGCAUAGUAGAUAAUGUUAUAAAUAAUUAUACGAUACACACACUGACACACACCACCACACUUGUUUGACUUGAUUUGUUCUGAGGAUGCUUAAAAUUGUUACGAAUUGAUUAAUUAUUUUAGCUCGUAAUCGACGAUAAUCGAGUUUUGUUUCGGACUCUAGCUUAGUUCUAAAAAAUUGCAAUUGAUUUGUACUUAAAUGCGUUAAGUUAGUUAAGCGGUAAACAGCAAGAGGAGGUCGUAGGAAGUUCGACGUUUGUAAAUAUGUCAUACAAUAAGUUUUAAGCGAACUAGUUUAAAUGAAUUCUAAUUGUAAAAAGCGUGUAGAUAAAUUUAAGUUAGUCGAUAAACGAACAACUAACCGAAGCGAGAAAAUCUAGGUAAAUUCAAUUUAAUUAUGUUCACCAUCGAAGUAAAUAAAAAUCGAAUCGACUCGAAAAUAUCGAAGAAUAUCCUUCAAAGCACACAGAAAACAAAAACAGAAUUUUAUUUCCGAAUUAUUUACCCAAAAUACUCUUAAUUAAUAAGUUCAACUGAAACUGGUGGGUAUCUGCAAGUUAUUUUUCCUAAAACUUUCUUAGAAACUUUCUUCAUUAUUUAUAAACGGCUUGCUUUUGAAUUUAGAGUUGAAUAUUUAUAGUAGUUAAACUGUUAUUAUAUUUACUGGGAAUUAAGCCCUGGAAUUCUAAUUCCCUUUUGAUUUGGUUCCUUAGAAUAUUAAUAUAAAUUAUCAACUAUCUAAUUAUGUAUUGGGUCGCAGUGGCCACUUAGCUAGUUAAUUUCCUUAAUUAGACUUACAAAAUAAAAAUAUACAACAUGAAAACCAUAAACCAAUUAACAGACAAUACAAAAUGUUUUAUCAAGUAGUAAAAGUCCCCGAAGAACUUAACGAAUACUACACCUAAAUUUACUGAAAUCAGUAUUAUAAGACAUAAAUUAGAUCAAGUAUAUACAGUUCUUUUCAUAUCCAAAAAUAUCUUUGGUUAUUUAAGUGCCUUUUGUAUACCAAGAAGAUUUUUUCCCCACUCUUACUCUCUUCCCCUGUUUUGAAUAACUCUAAUACAUUCACACUGAAGAUCUUCCCCAAUUUAACCCAAUUAGAGAAAUGCACUAACCGAGCUCUAAUUUUAGAACUACAAUCAAAGUGAAUUCUACAUAGCAACAACAGAAACAGAACCAGAACCACAAAACCAACUUAAAUCUUUCAGAUAAAAUCAAAUAAAAUAUUUUAGUAGUUUUUAAAUAUUUUUAUUAUCUCGAAGCCUGUUUUAUUCAUAUUUUUGUUUAAACUUUUCCCUUGGUUUUGGAAAUGCUUUUUGUUUGCUUUCAUUUAUAAUCUAAAGGUAAGAAAUUAAACGUAAAUAAAAUCAAAAAUCAAUUGAAACUUAUUCUAAUAUAUAGACACAACACAAGGCACCCUGCAUAAUAAUUGUUGUCAUUAAACAAGCGUCAUAAGUACGAUCAAAACAUAAAGAAACCCGAAAACGGAAAAUAUUUAUAGACACUUUCAUGUUGUAAAAGUUGUGCCAAGCAAAGAGAAACCAAAAACUAGUCAGAAUAUUGAAAGAGAUUGCGAAUUAUAACUAUAACUCUAGCUAUAGUUGUAUUGUAUAUGAAGCUAUUGAACAUACAGGGUUUUUAAAUGUGAGCAUAUAGUUGAUGAACCAGGAGAAGAUCGAAAAAAUCGAAGAAAGUAGAGGGCAGCCGGGAACGGGCUGAUUGAUUGAAAAGCGUUGAUUGACGUACUAGCAGAAAUUAAUCACGAAGACAAAAGAACAAUUAAAUUAGGUCAUACACAAUGGGAGGGCGAAACACGGUUUUCGGCAUUUAUUUUUAGUGGAAUAACAUACUUAGGUUGUGUGCUGCUCUUCAUUUGCCGUUCUCCAAUUCGGUCAAUUAUCAUUUUUCCGGCAAAUCGUUUAGCAGCGGCAGUCCAGUUCAAUGUAAAUAGUUUGGGUCAGAACAUGUAAAUGUCAUUUAAUGGUUAGGUAAACGAGAAACACAACUACGGGAAAUUGUAACACGAAUUGUGCACAACUUUAUAUAUAGAUGCGUUCAAAAAAGACUUACAGGUUUUGAUUAACAAAGAGAAGCAUAGAGAUUAAAUCAUUUACCAAUGCGAUGUAAACACGAGCAGAACUAUGCGAACGAGUAGAUCCUAAGUUAACGUAUGUGUAGAUCCUAAGAGGCAGUUCGAAACCAGACUAGAUAAAGCAUUCACAUAACUAAGCUACUAAGCGCCACGGCAAAUUGCAUUCACCACCCACUAUCUGAACUCACUUGAACCACUUACUCACCAUUCACUCGAUGUUUAAUCUUUGCUAACGACACAAAUGAAAUCAAAACAUCACCCAAAUCGAAAU